ACCUUCUUUCCUCAGUGACCACUCCCCCUGGAGGCUGCCCUGCUCAGUCACAAACAGCCCGGGAGUUGCCCGCAUUCCUGUGACCGGCUGGUGAGGUGCUGCUCCUCGGGUCCCAGGUGAGAGAGCGCUCUUUGAAGAGCUGGAGAGGUGCUCGACUCGCCAUGCCGGCGCUGCUCUGUGCCUCUCUGCUCCUGGUGGCCUGUGCCUCGGCCGCCUCGGCCGACCAGGUCCAGCAGCAGAUGGGCUCCAACACGGAGGAGCAGAUCCGCGACAUGCACGCCAAGGUGACGGAGAUCUGGCAGGAGAUGAUGCAGCGGCAGGCGGCGGCCAUCGACCCGGACGCGGCGCUCCAUGCGGUCUGCCGGGUGCUGCCGUCGGCCACGCUGGAGGCGGAGCAGCCCCGGGUCAGCGGCCUCGUGCUCUUCCGGCAGCUCCGGCCUGGCGCCCUGCUGGAGGCCUUCUUCCACCUUGAGGGCUUCCCGAACGAGCCCAACGGCACAAGCCGCGCCAUCCACGUGCACCAGUUUGGGGACCUGAGCCAGGGCUGCGACUCCACCGGGCCGCACUACAACCCGAUGUCCGUGCUGCACCCGCAGCACCCGGGCGACUUUGGCAACUUCGCGGUGCGCGAUGGCCAGGUCUGGAAGUACCGCUCCAACCUGGCUGCCUCGCUCACCGGCCCGCACUCGAUCGCGGGCCGUGCUGUGGUGGUCCACGCGGGCGAGGACGACCUGGGCCGCGGCGGCAAUCAGGCCAGUCUGGAGAACGGUAACGCGGGACGCCGGCUUGCCUGCUGUGUGGUGGGUCUGUGCGGCCCCGGGCCCUGGGCGCACCAGGCGCAGGAGAACGCGGAGCGCAAGAAGCGACGGCGCGAGAGCGAGUGUAAGGCCGUCUGAGCGCUCCACCUAGGUGGCCCUGAGCUCUGACCGCGCGCGCAGACCCCUUCUAUGUCCUCUGGGAGCCCUUCCAUGCCCCGACUCCCCUGCAAGUGCCCUAGACCGCUCCACGCCCGGACUUCUCUCCAGGCUCCCGAGAUCCCCUCUGUGUGCCUCAGCCCCCCACCCACCCUCUCUACGUACCCCAGUAUCCCUGUAUGCUGUGACGUCUCUCCCAAGGACCCCAGACCUUUCUACACCCUGACACUCCUCCAAGCACCCAAGAUGGUCUCUAUGUGAUCCAGGACCCCUUCUACGCAUCCUGGGGAACCCUGGGACCUCUCAACGUCCUGAUGCCUCUCCAAGGCCCACGAUCCCCUCCUUGAGACCCCAAGCCACCUACCCCCUCACCUUGAUUUUUCUCCUUCCCUUCCCAGAGACACUUUGUACUCUGGAGUACCACUUCUGCCAUGGCUAGGCUCUAACUGAAAAUCCCCUUCACUUCGAGGUCUUCAACCAUGUAUAUUGAGACAUCCCCUUUUCAUCCUGAGGGCACCCCGAGCUCUGAGGACCCCCCAGAGAUACCGAAGUAAGCCCAUGAACCUGAGGGUCUUCCAGACUCUCUGAGGUCCCUUUCCACCUUGACACUCCCGCCUUCACCGUGUGAGCCCUGAGAUCCCUCUCUGCCCUAAGCACCCACCUACCCCCACCUCCAAUGGGCUCCUUCUAGGCACUCUGAGACCCCUCCAGAAUUUGCCUAGCACCACUCCCCCACCUCUGCCCCCCAGCUUGUGCAGCCUGCACUUAGGUGCCUCUUCCAGGUGUCUCCAGGUAUUCCCCCAUACCCCACCCCCACUCCCUCAAGAAAGCAGCUCCUUUGGGGGUUGACAAUGUUUGUGUUGCACAUUAAAAACUCAGCAAAUCAGUAUUUCA